UGUAUCUGAAAGUAUUAUAAUAGAAGAUGUUGGGCUUAACAGCAUCUACAUCUACUAUAUUUCAAAGGCUGAAUAGAUCCUUGCUUGUGUGUUUACCAAACGACUGUGCAGGUGUUAUAUAAAUGUGUAUCUGUAAUACGCAUACACUGCAAGUCAUCUCAAAAUAUUUUACUUAACUGCUGCUAGCAGGCAGAAUGGACAGCAGGUACUAUGAAUAUCUGCAAACCUGUCUUGAAAAAUCCCACUCAGAAGUAAAUAUCAAGCACACAGUCAGCAUGCUCCAGGAAGCUGUGCUUUUGUGUGUGUUGGGUCCAUGGAAACAUCUGAUGGUAACACAUAUAUUAGCUUGUGCAGUGUUUCUCUGGAAGCAAGUGCUGGUUACAAGGAAUCCACCUCUGCUAGCACUGAAUUUCUACCUUUGACAAAAUCUGGAGUGAAACUACUGAUUAAGAUGAUGCCUAGCAAUUAUGCUACAGUAAGUUAAUUACCGAGGAACAGCUUUGGCUAGACUGCUUGGGUUUGUGAAAGGAAGAAAGGUGAUGGUGUCGUCUGAACAGCACAGCUGAAAUAUUGACACUCCUGCAGUCUAAUAUGGGAACAAGUGCUUCCCUUUCAAUCUGUAAAUCUUUAUCUUCUAUUCAAGUGAGGCACACAACAAGUAAAGUCUCACCAGAUCUCAGAGAAAGAAGCACGUUUGGUGUUCCUCUGGAAACCCUCAUACAGGAUGCAACGCAAUAUGGAGUUCCUCUUCUUGUGACACAGAUGGUGGAGUACCUGGAAGCAUUUGGCCUUGAGCAUGUUGGUAUAUUUCGAAUCAGUGGCUCAGUAAAUAAAAUCAAGGAAUUGAAGCAGAAAUACAAUCAAGGAGAAAAAGUAGACCUUGUUACUGAUGGAGAUGUUGAUUCUGUUGCCAGUCUCCUGAAACUCUUUCUGAAAGAACUGCCAGUGGCUGUUUUUCCAGACAACAUCUGUUCUGGCUUGUUAAACACUUUCCAAGAGCACAAAAUUCACACAACAGAAUGCAUACAGAACCUGAGACAAUUGCUCAACUGCCUACCCAAAGCUCAUCAGAACCUUCUUCAGUUCCUGUCUGCUUUCCUGUUAAAGGUAGCAACACACAGUGCAGUGAAUUUCAUGACUCUGGAAAACUUAGCUGUUGUGUUUGGACCCGCUCUGUUCAAGUGAUUCUGGUAAUAAGACAUUCUAGCCAUCAAAGUUCACCUUCAUAAACUAAACUAGAGCAAACCUACUCUCUUCCAGCUCCAGUGCCAGAUCCCUGUCAGUCCCUUGGCUUGUGAAGAACAGAGACUUUACAAUGGCCUCCUGC